UCAGCAGAAUGGCUUCUGAAAAGUGCAACAAUCAAAUUUACAUAUCACUAACUAUAUUCGGUAACUACAUAACUGAUGCUGCAAUGGACAAUUCGACCCACAUGCAAACUCUGGCCCCUGGCUCUAUUGAGUAUCAACAAACUAUAUGUAUGUAGCUAUGAACGAGCUUCGGACAACGUUACGAGUAACUAGUUAACUACUCUACCAAGCCGCUAACCUCGUGCUUCGUCAUUGGGCAGAAAACAAUGUAACUUCGCCAUGGAGCUUACGCUCCAGCGUCGAACAUCCCUAAGAGGAUACAGAACUCGCAGCUUGCUUCAGAAUCUCAGGGUCUAUGAUGUUGUCAGUCAUCAGGACACUGAAAAAUACUCCACAAAGAUGACGUGCACCCUCUGCAAUAAGUUCCAAGGGAAAUGGGACAUUUCUGAUACCCGCCUCAGGGGUAUGAAUAGGCACCACAUCGUCCCUAAAUUCACUUGGGAUGAAAUGCUCAAUUCGGCAAAGUCAUGCUACUGCUGCAGCAUUCUCAUAUCUGGAUGCCGUGGCUGUUUCGGCCAGCACGGUAUUAAAGAAUCGGAUAUCCUACACGGAAUCCUUCGUUUCUACUACCCCACCACUAUCGACGACGCUGAGAAACAGGAGUCGGGCAAGAACUUGAUCUUCUUAAUGAAAUGCGGUCGUCGUUUUGAAAUCCAGAUAUUUUGCACAGAGAAUGAUGAUUGCCCAAUCCCGGACUCGUGGGAUUACAUCCCAGUUUCGAGGAGAACUUCGCCAGGCACCGAUUCCGAUACGGCUAUGGCUACCCUCAAGGGCUGGCUUGCAUCAUGCAUCGUCACUCAUUACGUACCUGAAUGCUUCUGCGACUCACUCGAUAACCCACCUUUGCCCACAAGGGUUGUGGACGUGGGCCUCGACGAAAACAGCGUCAAGCUCAUCGAACCAAAGGGUACGAUCAGGGCCAAGUACAUCUGCCUCAGCCACUGCUGGGGACUCGCCCAGAUCAUCACGACUACCAAAUCGACUCUCGCAGAGCACAAACGGCGCAUACCGUGGGCAUGCCUAUCCAAGACCUUCCGCGACGCCAUUGCCCUCACCAGAGCUCUUGGCAUCAAAUACAUCUGGAUAGACUCCCUCUGCAUCAUCCAAGACGACGCGAGAGACUGGGACGUGGAAUCCGCCAACAUGGCUGCAAUAUACACAAAUGGCCAUCUAACCAUCGCCGCAACGAUGUCAGCCAAUGGCGCCGGCGGACUUUUCAGAGACACUCCAGACUUCGAAGUUUCCGGCAAGACACCGCCUUCAGGUAAAAGUGGCAAACGGGAGGCCUAUCGCCUCUUCUUCCGCGAGCACAUCGACCACCACAUCGACAUGGAAAUCACCACCAGCGACAUAUUCACCGGCAACCCAACUGCAACCCACUACCCCCUGCUCACCCGCGCAUGGGUCUACCAAGAGCGUAUGCUCUCUACCCGCAUCCUCCACUUCGGCCGCUACGAGCUCUUCUUCGAAUGCCGCUCCAGCAUCUUCUGCGAAUGCAACGACAUAGAAUUCCACGGCUCCUCGCCCGAAGUGCCCAUCGCGCUAUUCAAAAUCGAGCACGCAGAAGCACUGGGCGAUUACACCAGCAGCUGGGCAGCUGAUGAGAAGUUUCGACACGCGGUCCGCUACCAGGGCGCGAGCCUGUGGCGGACGAUGGUGGGCUGCUACACGGCGCUGCUGCUGACGAAGGCGAAGGAUCGCCUGCCAGCUAUCAGCGGUAUUGCCAAGGACCUUGCUGCGCGCCGACAGUCGCGGUACCUGGCGGGCGUUUGGGAGGAGUCCAUCAAUGACGAUCUAAUCUGGAGCGUGCACAUGCGCUCGCGCCACCAGAAGGGGAGACCGUACCCGCGCAACGCACCGACGUGGUCAUGGGCGAGCACGGAGUCCUACGUGCUGUAUUACGAUGGGGCGUUAUUUACCAACCUGGCAGAUCGGCAGGGGUCGUUGAAGGAAAGGCAGCCGUUCAAGCAUUUCAGCACCGUGGAGAGGUGCGAGGUGACUUGGACUGGUGUUGAUGAGUUCGGGGCUGUUUCGAGUGGGGUUCUUACGAUUUCUGGGCUGGUGGUUGCUGGGUUGCUUGAGCGGGAGGUUGAGGUGCGGGAUGGGGUGGAGGAUGUUGUGCAUUAUGUAUCCUUGCCGAUGGGUGGUAAUAGUAGUAGUAAUAAUAAUAAUAAUAAUAAUAACAACACGAAGACGAAGAAUCGACUGCGACUGGCAAUUAAACCGGACUACCUGCUCGAUCAUGAUGGACCAGGGCAGACGAAGCCGGGGACAGAGGUAUUUUGUCUGCGCAUGAGCGUUAUACAGGAAGGAUCGACAGACCAUCUGAUAUCGCUUGUCUUGAAGAAGCGGUCUGAAUCGUCUGGGCGUUUUGAGAGGAUUGGAACGGUGAUUCUUCUGCAGAAGCCCCCCCCUAUAGAUCCUGUUGGGGAGAUGUUUCAAGAUGCUGUGUUAAAGACGGUAACCAUCAUUUAACCAAUACUUUUUAGCGCAUAGCAUGUCAACUUAUUUUCUGCAGUCGAUAGACGUAAUGGAUUUAUUAGACGGGUGGAUUGGUUAGAUUUGAAGAUUAAUAUACACCAUUCUAUAUCGUGAAUAUCAUUGAUAACCAAAUCUACCACGAACGCCAGAAAGGAAACAUAAACAAUAUCGCAGGAGAAAGAAAUGUGAUAACCACUGGGAAUAAAUCGUCAAAUACCGAA